CCUUCGCUUUCAGUGUGUCUCCUGAGGUUGUCGUGUGAGCAUGGGUCUACCAGCCUUUCCCUUGGGGCCCUAAAUAGUGAUCUAAAAGUGAGAAAUAAGUGAAUAAUCCAUAAAGGAAAAAGAAAAGAAAAGAAGGGGGAAACCUUAUAAUUGCUGUAGUUAACACUGGUGCGUCAUUAUGAAUCGCCCGGGAAUAUAUGGAAUUUUGAUUUUCUUGGCGACUUCCGCGACUGUUUCUCAAGGUGCCGAGUGCCCCCACCCCGCAGUGCCAGUCAACACGAGGGUCGACGUGAGUGCCAGAGAGCCGGGCAGCCUCGCCACCUACUCUUGCGAUGCGGGAUACACUCUCUUCGGAAGUCCGUCGAUCACAUGCGGCGCCGACGGGAGAUGGGCGGGAUCGACCCCGUAUUGUGCCACCAACGUCGCGUGGAAGAAGCCCGUGAAUCAGUCCUCUACGGCAAGGGGCGGUAAGGGCGAGAAUGCCAACGACGGCCACACCACCACCGUGCACGAGGGCCGGCACUGCACCGAGACCCUGGUGGAGGCGUCGCCGUGGUGGUCCGUCGACCUCCUUCAGGAUUACGAGAUCACGCUUGUCAAGAUCACCACCAGAGGGUGUUGCGGACACCAACCCGUGCAGGAUAUCGAAAUCCGCGUGGGAGAUUCCACCAACAUCCAGAGGAACCGCCUGUGCGCUUGGUACCCCGGCACCAUCGAGGAAGGAAGCACGAAGGAAUUCAGCUGCGCCCGCCCUAUGAUCGGCAGAUACGUCUUCGUGCAGAUGGUGGGCGUGGAAGGGUCCAUGUCUCUGUGCGAGGUGGAGGUGUACUCGAAGCAAGAAUUUUCUAAGGAGAAAUGCACAGACAAAGCAGAUCUGUCCACUCUCGGCAUCUUUAAUCAAACGUGCUACGAGUUUCAGAUCUCCGAGGGCGGCACGUUCGAGCGAGGGCGCGAGUACUGCCAAGCGAGGGGCGGCGACCUGGUCCACGGCAUAGGCUUGGUCACGCACUCCUUCCUGGUGUCGGAGAUGGAGAGGGUCAAGGACAAGACGAAGACGCAGCUCAUCUGGAUCGGGGCGCAGAAGGAGCCCACGUUCAUCUCGCGUACCUGGAGGUGGAUUGAUGACGAGAUCGUCGAGAAGCCCCGGUGGGGGCGCGACCAACCCAACAACUACAACGGCCAACAGAACUGCGCGGUGCUGGACGGAGGCCGCGAGUGGCUGUGGAACGACGUCGGGUGCGAACUCAACUACCUGCAUUGGAUCUGCCAGUACCAACCGACUUCCUGUGGCUCGCCGGACCGGAACGAGAACACGACCAUAACGACCACGGAGACGACCACAGACACCACCAUUACCUACGUGUGCCCUGUUGGUAACAUGGUACUGGGCAACAUGAACCGGACGUGUCUGAAGUCGGGCUUCUGGAGUGGUUCCGCCCCGACGUGCAAGUACGUCGACUGCGGGAGCCCCAAGGAAAUCGAGGACGGCACAGUGGUCCUGGUAGACGGCCGCACCACACACGGGGCUAAAGUGGUUUAUGAGUGUACCACGAACUACACUAUUGUAGGGGAAGACACUGCUGUCUGCUCCGAUGAUGGCGCUUGGUCCCCUGAAGCUCCAAAGUGCCUAUACUCGUGGUGCCCGGAGAUAGCGGCGCCUGCGCACGGUCAGCUGGUUCUGAGCGGCCGGCGAUCAGGUGACACGGCCUCCUUCACCUGCGAUCCGGGGUACAGCCUUCAGGGAGUCAAGACGAUCUCCUGCGAGCUGGGAGGAACCUGGUCGGGAGAAGCUCCUUCCUGUAGGUUCAUCGACUGCGGCGUCCCCGAAGACCUCAGGGAUGGCGAGACGUGGACUGCGGUCAGCCUGAGAACAUCGAGCACGGCACGUGGCGUCUCCUGAGCAAUGACACUUUCUACACAGCCCAGGUGGCCUACGAGUGCCCUGAGAACUGGAAGCUGGAUGGUCGCCUUCGUCGCUUCUGCCAGGAGAAUGGGACGUGGGCGGGAGAGACGCCUAAGUGCAUCGAGGUGCUGUGCUCGCCCUUAGCCAAGGACCUGACGGAGGCCCUGAGCGUGGAGGAGGGCGAUCGCAAGGUGGGCUCGACCGCCAGCUACUCGUGCGAGGUGGGCCGGACGCUGGUGGGCGAGGCGACCAGGGAGUGCCGCCAGCAUGGAGUCUGGUCUGGCACUCAACCGCGGUGUGAAUGGGUGUCCUGUACGAUGCCGGAAGACAUAGAAAACGGGCGUAUCGUGCGUCUGAAUGAAACGCUGUUGUACGGUUCCGUUGUGGAGUACCAUUGCCUCCCCAAGUACCGUCUCGAUGGCCCUUUCAUGCGGACCUGUACCACGAAGGGUUCAUGGUCCGGAGAUGUACCUAGAUGUCUCUUGGACACCGAAGACUACGGCGUCCUGGGAGACAACACGGUGGACGGGACGACGAACUCCGCCAGGGGGACGUCGCCAGGGAGUCUCGAGGAAGCUUCGAACACCGGUCUCUACGUCGGCCUCGCCUUCGGUCUCAUCGGCGUGGUCUUCGUGGCUGUUCUCUUCAUCUUUCUGAGAACCAGGCGCCAGCAGAAGGCGGCGAAGCAGGAACCUCCCACUCACAUGAAGCCCAAGGAUGACUCUAGCGCCGAAGCGAUGCGUUACGCCAACCUCAGCGACCCUACGACAGGCAACAACAUCUACGAAAACAUCCCGGACGACAUCGAGGAAUACACCGACAUGUCCGGCCCCUACACGGCCCCCACGGGAGUCACCAACCACACCUACGCGAACGGCCACCAGCCCACCUACACGAAUGGCAUGAUGACUUCCACGGCACGCCCGCCCGCCCACAUCCUGUCCCGCCCUCGCAUGCCUCCCCCACAGCCGCCCACGGUCCCGCCCACAGCCAGACCGGGUGCUCCUCGCCAGUCGUCCGUCGUCACGAUUAACGGCGUGACGGUAGCUAGCAACGGGACAUAAACGCGCGACCCUCCUUGGUUCUGGACGCCGUGAAAUCCGGCUGUUUGUAGGGUUGGAUUCCAUGUGUAGAAUGUCUCAGUUGGGUUUGAUUCUUAUUCUCAUUCGGUUUAUAUGAUUAUCUUUGUUUCAUUUUUUUAUAUACAUGUUACUGUCUUUUUUUUUUCAUUUUUUAUUCUUAUUAUUUUGAGUUUGACCUUAAUAGGGAAAAAAAUUUAACAAUGUUUCACAUGUAUUCAUAAAGGAUAUUUUGUAUAGGGACUGGAAGUCAGUUUUUUUUAUUUAUUAUUAUUUUUUUUAUAUCUUUUAAGAGGUAGAUGUUCCUUAUAAGUAUUGAUUAAAAUCUAAUAUUACAAUACAAGACUAGAAUUUUAUCAGAAGGGAACACAUACCCAUAGUACUUAGGAAUUUAAACCAAUUCCCUACUUUUAUAACCCUUUUAACACGACUUACAAACCUAGAGAAAUUCAGCCAUCUUCUUUUACAACUCUUAAACAGUCUUGAAUGAAUGUAUAUAAAGUAUUUUUAUAUGAAUACUCUACUUUGUGUAAGGAGGGAUUGGUACAUAUGAAUUUACGAUCAUCAAGUUGUCAGGAAUGGUGUAUCAUCAUACACAAAUUUCGCUGUAUAGGAUCUAGGAACGCGUUUGUAUGUGUACAUAUAUGUAUAAAUAGUUAAGAGUUAAUGUUUCGGUUGGUUGCAUAAACAAGAUGAUGAAAUAAUAACUAUACUAGAUCUAGAAGCAUCCAAGAUUAAAUUAACUUCAUAUCUCCGGUGAUAGUGUAAUAUUUGGAGGUGAAAUCCACUUGAAAUGAUAAAAAAAAUAUUAAUUGUAUAAGAUAACACAGUAUACAUGAUCACUAUCUAAAAUGGAUUCACAUAUCUUUGUGUUGGACAGAUAUGCUUUUGAUUUUUUUUAUGCUGUAUCCUGCACAGUUGAUUAUAUAUUUCUUAUUUUCUGUUUGAGCUUUUGUAUCGUUAUGAAUGGUACAUGUUUUUUUUUUCAUGUGAAACCCCAAAACAUAUAAUAAAAACAUUGCACAUGUUUGUUAUAAAACAUGUGAUUGAUAUAUCCGUGUAUAUACUUAAUAUAUACACAUAUAGGUUUUAAGAAGGCGGUAUUCUUAUAAUCUUUUUCCUGUUUCUUUUCACUUCAAAGCAUAUUAUGUAGGGCGAAAAUGCAAGCAUUCCUUGGGUAGAGGGAGCUGCUUUGUGCAAUUGAUACUCGUGGAAAUUGUUAAUGUAUAAUUCUAGAAUAAUAGAUAGUGGAAAGGAUAUCAUAUAAAUUUUGUUUACAUCGAGGCAAACAAAAAUCAUGGCAUUGUUUUUUUCCUUAAUUGACAGAGCACAAGAGUUCAGAAUAUUCGAAGAGUUCAAUUUUUUUCUGUUCAGGAAAAAAGAGAAAAUUUAUAAAUAAAAUAUUGAGUGUUAGUAUGAAAUAUCAAUGGCUCUGUUACCCUCCAAGGAAAUUAAAUCAGUUUUCCCUUCUUCGUUUUCCGUGAGGAAUGCUUAAUUUUCACCCAUAAUUAAUUACAUGUUUUUUUUUUUACACAAACCUGAUAUACAUUUAAAUUUAUCAGCCCAGAACAACCCCACCUUACGUGUCUUUUUCAUACCGAGGCUUUCCUGUUCAUAAAUGCAUUAAUGGGUACAUAGUGUUUCAUCUUUAUUACUCUGGUUUCAAUUAUUAUAUUUAUCAUUCUAGUUAUAAUUCUUCUUUUUUCUUUUUCUUUUUUUCAUCGAGUGGAUUGCUUAUUAAUAAUCAUGUGGAAGUGACAGUUAGGCUCACAGCAACACUUACACACAGCCUUAUUACUACAGGCUUACGAACACUGUAAUGUUGCUUUACUAAUACUGUGUCAGUGAUUAUAAUAGACAUGGAUUAUAUUAUAUAUAUAUAUAUAGGUUUAUGUAGUCCCGUCCGAUAACCCACGCAGUCUAGUCUCGUAGACUUACAUAGUUAUUUAAGAGGAUAUAUGGGGUUCCGUUGGUCACUGAAAAUGUGGGCAUGUUUUUGUGGUGUUGAAAAUCCCAUUGAGUUUGGUCGGUUGAUUGUGUGAAUUGCGUUAAUUUUUUUUCUCUCCCUAUGGCUACCUUACUUUUACUAGCAUUUUCUGGUUCUGUUUUCUGUAUGUGUAAUUAACUUCUUUUUUUUUUAUCUUAUUUGCUUAUCUACUGUCGAUUAUUUUCAUGUAUUAUUGGUACUGUAAUUACCAUUACUGGUGUUUAGUACAGUUACUAUCACUGUCGCUUGUACUGUUAUUAUUACUCGGCUAAAACAACUACUUUUACGGUUAGUGUUUUAGUAUUGCUCAUUCUAUUAUUAUUAUUAUCAUCCUCGCUAAUUCUUCUAAUUAUUUACCAGGUCAAUAUUGCUAUCUAUAUUUUAUUUUAUUAUCAUCUACAUCCAUACUUUCUAAUAUCCAUAAUAUUCUAACGAUCUUUUAACCGACUGCCAUAUCCUUAAUAUAACCGAUCUAGCCACUUUUAUUUUAAAUCUGAUAACGUCAAAUUUCAUAUUAUAUAUCUUUUUAACCCUGACAGAAUCUUCUCUACCUUUCCUUUCUUAUUAACAAGAGAAAUUGAUGUAUUAAACCCCUCUGGAACGGCAUUUUGACAUUCUGACUUCUGUCUGUGUGUAUGUGGCGGGAUGCUCCUAUUGGUCCGCUGAGGUCACGUGAUUAGGAAAGGUUGAACUCUGAACCGCCGUACUGUGUCGUGAUUGGUCUAUUUUACCCGCGUUGAUUGUUGUAAUAUUUGUAAAUACGAAUUGCUAUAUUGUACAAUAAAUUAUCCAUCUGAAUGUGA